CGCCGUAGUGUCUGGCGAAGGUCAUUAACGUCUUCGUCGUCGUCGUCGCCGUCGUCGUCGUCGUCGCCGUCGUCGUCGUCGUCGUCGUCGUCGUCGUCGUCGUCGUCGUCGUCGUCGUCGUCGUCGUCGUCGUCGUCGUCGUCGUCGUCGUCGUCGUCAUCGCUGUCGCUAUCGGUGUCCUUAUCGCUGUCGUCGCUGGCGAUCGUUUCCGUUGCCGCGCCAUUAUCGAUAGCUCUCGAUUUUAUGCGUCAGUUGAUCCGUCACAGUCCGUCUCGCUCGUAACCAACCGAGGUAGCCGAAGAUGCCAUCAUUGAGAGUCGUCGCGAAGCCGGUUAUUUUCGUGGUCUCGCGUAAAUCCCUGCUUACGAAAGAACCGCCGAGGAGCUGAGGGGAAAGAAAGAAAGGAGUCGUCUUAUCGUUACGACAGAGAAAGAGAGAAAGACGCAGAGAAGAGCAGCGACUCUGCGUGCGCGCGCGCGCGCUCGUGUUCGAGCGCGCGCCUCGCGUUCGCUCGUAUCGAUUUCUCGAUUCGCGGUCGAAUCGCGAGGAACGAACGGCCGAACGCGAAGAAACUGAUAGACAGUGUCGCGAGACAGUGAUCGAGUGCCUCGAGGAGAGUGUCCAUCCGUCGAGAUCGAAGGGGGACCGGAGAGAGACCACCAACCGGUUAAAGAACAGUCGUCGCGAUGGGCCUGGCAGACGCUGAUCUGUCCAUGGGCGCAGGAGCAGCGGGAGGAUCCAUUCUCGGUCUUGCUGCUUCGGGGGUCACCGGUGUCACCGGGGUCACCGGGGUCACCGGAGUUGAUGGUAGCACUGGUGUCGCCGGAGUCGCUGGAAUCGCCGGAGUUGCCGGUGUUGCCGGGGUCCUACCGCAACAUUGUGCUAUAUGUGGCGAUCGCGCUACGGGAAAACAUUAUGGUGCCUCGUCGUGCGACGGGUGCAAAGGGUUCUUCCGGCGUUCCGUCAGGAAGAAUCACCAAUACACUUGCCGAUUUAACCGAAACUGUGUGGUUGACAAAGACAAGCGGAAUCAGUGUAGAUACUGUCGGCUACGUAAAUGCUUUAAGGCCGGAAUGAAGAAAGAGGCUGUGCAAAACGAGAGAGAUCGCAUAAGCAGCCGGAGACCCAGUUAUGAAGAACAAUUGGCGAGUAAUGUGAACGGGCUUUCGGCGGUUCACUUACUGCACGUCGAAAUGUUCAACAGACAACGGACUGAGCCAGGCAGUCCGAACGGCGAGAUCGAUUUCACAACGAUGAAAUUAGCGAGCAUAGAGGAUGUGUGCGAAAGUAUGAGGGAACAAUUGCUGCUCAUGGUCAGCUGGGCGAAAUCUAUUCCGGCAUUCGGCGAGCUCAUGCUGGAUGACCAAGUGGCCUUGCUGAGAGCACACGCGGGCGAACACCUGUUGCUGGGGGUGGCGAGGCGCAGUAUGCGUCUCAAAGACACGCUGUUGCUCGCUAAUAAUUGCGUCAUCACGAGAACUUGUCCUGUAAUGGCAUUUUGUUCAGAGGGUCGCACACAGGACGUAGACAUCAGUAGAGUCGGCGCCAGGGUGAUGGACGAACUGGUGAAGCCUAUGAACGACGUCCAGAUCGACGACACGGAGUUCGCCUGCCUCAAAGCUAUCGUCUUCUUCGACUCGCACGCGCAAGGCUUGAGCGAGGCCGGCAAAGUGAAGCAUAUGCGCACCCAGAUCCAAAUGAACCUCGAGGACUACAUCAGCGACCGACAGUACCACAGCCGAGGACGCUUCGGCGAGAUUCUACUGAUGCUGCCGGCCUUACAGUCGAUCACGUGGCAGAUGAUCGAGCAGGUGCACUUCGUCAAACUGUUCGGGGUAGUGCACGUGGAUACCCUGCUGCAGGAGAUGCUCUUGGGCGGCACUACAACGGAGAUGAACGGUACCGGCACCUCUUCCGUGUCGAUUCCAAACCCAGCCGGCAGUUACGUCAGCAGCAACGGCAGCCCUACCAGCCCGUUGACGCCUGCUAAUGUUGGAUCGCCGCAGGAUCAUAUGCUGACUACGGCUGGUAGCCCCGUCAUGAUCCUGAGGGACCUCACGCCCAUUACCGUGCAAGACGACACCAGCUUCAGGUUGUUCAAGCAGGAACCGAGCUUGGAGACGGAACCGACCUUCUGACUAGACGUCGGGCUGAGCCAGCCGAGCUUGUUCAGCUUAGCCGGCGAAGCUCCACUGAGCGUGCAAUGAGCGAUCGCAAUGAUGUAAUCGGCUCGUAAUUUUGCAUCGGUAUACAGCUCCUUGCUACAGCAUCGGACGGUGCCGCGUAACAUGCUCAUCGUCCGGUGUGUGUGUGUGUGUGUGUGUGUGCCAUGUAUCGUACGUAGCUCUGAUGUACUCGUUAUAUUGAACACUCUUGUGGUUACGUCGCAACCGUGCUUAUUAGUGCGAGCCAAGAGUAUAAAUCUUCCUUUGGAAGUUUGGAGAGCUCAUAUCUUUGACACAUUGACAGCGGGUUAAGUAAAGCUACACUUUCCGCAGAUUGGUGCUGUUUAGUUGUUUGAGUAAAUUACGUCAUCGGGGAGAAAGAGAGCUUGCAGUUAAUGUUUUGUAUUAAUAUUACAUAUUAUAUUACAUAUUAUAUGUAAUAUAUUACACGUUAAUAAUAUAACAUUAUAUUACAUAUUAUAAUAAUAUAAUUUGUUCAAGAAUUUUACAUAAGCGAAUGAUAUUCUUCGAUAUUAACGGAAUUUUUCCGACCAUUUAUGAUAUUUUACGUAGCACAAUGUCUGCUGUCAAAGUGUUAAUCGUGGUCUUUCGAAAUACACGUGAAAGAUAUAAACUCGGAAUCCGUAAGCUCGACUCGUCGAGUUUUCGAAAUAAUUGAUUGCGGUGCUAUUUAUAAGUAUAACGUUCUGGGAAGAAAAAUUUCGUUAGCGUUAUCGAGGUCUUACGUUAUCGAGCGGUCUACAUAUCAACAUCGUAUCGGGUAAGACGUAUCCGAAGAUAUCGGAAGAUUAACGCUUCUGAAGUAUCCUGUUGAUAUCGAGCCGUCUUUUCGUGCAGAUAACCAAUCGCAUUUUCAUUCUAAUUAUAAUUUUUAUUUAUUCGUGGGAUGAUAAAAUCCUUUCAGAAAUCUUGUCACAAAAUUCGUUUGUAUGUAAUCGUAGUAAAAUGAGAGUGAACCGAUGAAAUAAAUUGGAUAAUAUUGAGAAGUACAGAAGAAAAGGAAAUAACAGAUUACAAUCGUACAUAUGCAAGUGUAAUAAACAAAUUUUGAUAAUAAAAUGAGGAUCACAUUAGAUUCACUUCAAUUUUCUAUGAUACCGGGCUAAAAGAACAAAGUCGAGAACAAAUAUUCAAGAACAACGAAAGGACGGUCAGGCAUGAAACUAAAGAACGAGGAACUUUCCGCAAAAGUUUCCAUGAUGUAAUUGCGGGAAACACUACAUGUAAAUUGUGAUCGACAUUCUGCUCAAAUAAUUGCUCAAGUAACAAAACUCUAUAUAUGUCGUUUAUUGUAUUAGUCAUAGCGUUAAUUCAAAUGUGAUUGUCGACGUUGGUCCAAGAACGUUUAUUGGACUAGGUGACAAAUUGAAAUCAAGGUAUAUGAUGAAUGUAUAUUAUAUGUCCCGAAUGUAUAUAUAUAUAUAUAUGUAUGUAUGUAUGUACAUAUAUCAUUGCGGGAAAAAAAUAAGGAGAGGAGGAAUUCCGAACCCAGUCUACGCAACGACAAAUACGACGCAGCAGUAUGCUGUAUUGGAGUCGCGUUUCGCAAUAAUAAUUAAAAAUCCGCACCUGUACAAAUAACGAUCAGUCGCCGACCAAGAUAAAUGUGAUAAGCGAUAUGAUCGUAUCUUGCCAUUGCUACAUCGCUGCAAUAAAUGAUAGUAUUCAAGCACAUCAGCUUGUUUCCGAAAUCUAUACUGAAACCAAAUCGAAGCAAACGACGUUUGGCCUGCGCUUGUCUGCGUACUACGUAACUAUGCAAUGACAAUUAGCGUUAACUUAAAAGAGGCGGUGGAAAGUAGAGCCCAUGGCCAACUAUCGUUUGUACAUACACAGAGUUAUACGUUUGAAUGCGACGACAAAUAAGGAGAAAUAAUUGUGUUUGUAUUAUAUCGAUUUUAAUCUGUUAACACUUUGAUUGCCAAAGAUGAGUUAUCUCGUAUGGUCUUCUUUCUUUUUUUAGUAAGCAUUUUACUAAAUAAUCAAUAUGAUUAAUUAGCAUAUUAAAGUAAUAUAUGCUAAUAAAGUAAUACAAAACUAAAACUAAUAUAAUAUAUAAAUUUGCUAAAGUAAUAUAUGCUAAUUGAUUGGUAUAUUAAACUGACAUUGAUUUUAAAAAUUGCGUCGGAAGCAAAGCUUCCCAAUAUUACUAUGGCAAUCAACGUGUUAACUGAGUCACUUUCAAAUAAAAAAAUAAAUAAAAAUAAAAAGGAAAGAAAACGGCACCCGUGAGUAUAGUGAAAAGUAAAUAAAAAGACGAAUUGAUUCGUCCUUUUUUUUUCUUUUUUUUAUGACGAGUCAACUCGUCUUUCUCAGCUAACGGGUCAACAUGAAAUAUGUUUCUACUUAUUUCGCGGAGUCUCGCGAAUCGCGGAUCAGUAGCGUUAUGAGGCGGCACGUUAUAAUUCGCAUACGAACGAUAAUAUGUAAAUAUGUAAAAUUUAACUACGUCACGUAGUGUUACAAAUAUACAUACAUACAUAUAUAUAUAACAUUCCAAAUAUAAUUAAUUUCAGUAUAUUAAACCAUAAACUUUAAGAUAAUUUUAAAAUAAUCGUCAGGACGUGCGUGUGUGCGCUAUAACGUAACGCAUCAAAAGCGAGUUUUCUGCGAAAUGAAAAAUGCGCCACUACAAUGCAAUUUACUGUUAGUAAUAGCACGACAAUAAUGGUGUGCACGUGCAUUCACCAUUUUAUACGCGGAUAUGGAACAGUCGAUGAAUCGGAUAACGACUGUCUCUUCCAAAUGGUUAGUGCACCCUAUUUUGCGAGCUUUAGCGAGAAGUCUAUGUUGACAUUAUGGCCGGUUAAAAAGCAAUAGUAUAAUAAUAAUAAUAAUGAUAAUAA